AUGUCUGAUUCUCCUGCCGCCCAGCAGCAACAGCAGCCGCAGCCGCAGCCGCAGCCGGUCGUCCAGCCGCAGCAGCAGCAGCCGGGAAACCCCAACCAGGACGCCAUCGACGCCGUCCGUGCCGCAUUCGUGGCUCGCCGCCGCCAGAGCGUCUUGUCUCUGCGCCGCUUGGGAGUCCCCAGAGCUAACCGCGUGGUCCCCAUCAUCCAGGCCAUCAACGCCGCUCGUCACGGAGCUCCUAGCGUUCGCUACCGUCCGGCGGCUGCUUCUCAGCCGGACUCAGUUCCGACGCGUUCUGGACGUGUCUUUGCUCGCCCCAAGACGCGCUUUGUCAUCGACACAGUCUACCCUUUCGCCAAUCGUCAACGCCUGACCUCUCUCCGCCAGGACGACAGCGACGAGGAGCCUGACACUGCCGCGCCACUUAAGGAGUCGCAGGCUACGAUUAACCAUCGCCGCCAGCACAAGGAACUCCUUCGCAAGGCGGCCGCCCAGGUCACUCUUACGGUCCCUGCUCCUGCCCCUCCUGCUGCUCCGCAGCCACCAACUGAACAGGAGAGCGACUCGGAUGAAGACGUCUUCACUAUUGAACCGGCCGCUACUCCCUCCACUACUGGUCCACCUUCUGUCGCCGCUUCUCACGUGGCUAUUGAGCCCGCUGGACAUCACCAGCAGGCCCACUCUCACCCUGCCUCUGUCUCUACAUCACCCGCCACCCCCGAGGUCCCGACCGCGGAACCAGCGUCGCUUGCAGCUCCUGGCCAGGCUUCUUCGGCCCCAGCGACUUUCCAUUUCGGCAAUCAGCAGGUGGGCGAACAGGCCAACUCGGCAUCGCAGCCUGGCGCGACCGGCUUUGCUCCUCAUCUGCAGCAGCAUUUGCCAUCAUAUCUGCCGGCCCUUCGUGCCUUUGGUGCUCGGGUACACCCAGACGCUCCCGGCGCUCAAACGACCUCUUCGGAGCACAGGCAGUCAUCGAACCCCGAUGAGCCUGGAUUUGUCGCACCACGUCGCAUGCACUUGCCCCGAUUGCGGGAUAUAUCCACCUGGGUGAUGGCUGGCGUUCGCGACGCCGUCACCCGCGUUGGUGGCAGGGUCACUGGCCUUGCUCGCACCACCUCCAACAAUGCCACACGCAUCCGGCGUCGCGCUACAGGCGCCGCUCUUAAUGCCGCGCGUCGAACCCUGGAAUUCAGCAACAAGCGCCUCCGCGUCGAGGCCCCUGAUCCCACCAGGCCUCAUUGGCGAUCCAAUGAAGAAGCCCUCAAGACCAUGGUCCUUGAGAAGGAGGAAUUCUUCCGGGUUCUCUUCAGGAUCGGACAAACGGUCGAGCACAGCCGUGAUCAGGUGUCGAUGAACAGACGACUCCGAUUUCUCAGGCCGUCCUUGCUUCGCUUUGACGCCGAAACCCAGCCGCAUUCUUCAGACCAGGAGUCGGACCUCAUUGGCCCUUUCCUGCUGCACCUCUCGAAGUGCAUCAAUAUCUGCCGGAAGAUAUACAACGUCAACACGUUCUUCAGGUUGAAGAGGAACAACCCUUCAUUUCAGGCGGCAGCCAUCAAUUACGACCUCAACGCUGAUGACGUCCGGAACGUGGAACAAGCGGAGGCGUUCAUGGCUGCACCGGCUCUUCCCGCUACCUGCAACGACAUUUUGCAGGUCCUUGGACUUGAUCCUUCUGAGCUGCUCCCCAAGGAUCAGUUCGAUGCGAUCUUACUUGAUUUACGGGCCGUCUUGGCCCAUCUUCCCAUGCCAAGUUUUGUGGUCUCCAAGCGAUAUCAGAAGCAGAUGCAGCUUUUCUUUCCAUCUCCGAUUCGUUCGAGCUCGGAUUGGGAAUGGACUAUCCCUGGAUCGUUUCCCCAGGAUGAACUUGAGUCUGAGGAUCAGGAUGUUGCUGCUUCGCAGCCUGCACCUCCAUCCGAAGCUGCCGUGGCUCCAGUCACAUCUUCCCCUUCACCUCAGGUUCAGCGGUCCGAUAUGUCUGGUGCCAGUCGCAUGCGAGCGGAUCUCUUGGAGGCUCAGAUCUCUGAUAUGUCGGACGCGCAAUAUCGGGCUGCCUUCUACAACGAAAGCGAGCAACAUCGCCUGAUUGCAAAGAAAUAUGUCCGCAAAUUUGAACCGAAGGAGCCCCGUCAUGACUCCCAGCCGCUUGGCUCCAUCCUCAAGAAUCGGAAGAAACUCCCUGGACAGGGCACCCCGAAGCGCCUUCGCAUGACCCGUGCGCCCAAAAUUGUGCGCUUUAAGGAAGGCACGCUGAGCCCACAGCAACGCUCUCACGCAGGACUGGAUGUUCCCAAGCGUCCGGGUUGCAAACGCAGGAAUGGCGGAAAAGUGCUCCCAGUUACUCCCACGCGCCGACCUGGUGCGCGACCCAAUUUCUUCAUGCGCAAUGGUGCCGCACCGGACACCAAGGUUGAAGAAAGGGAGAUCGAGUCGCCCUUGCCGCCCGUGAGGAAGGAUUACCCGUCAUGGUUGCGCCAUCCUUCUCGUGCGGUUGCCGAUAAGGCUGAAGAGAAGGCUGAAGCCGAUGCCCGCAUUCAGGCACUUAUGGAACUGCCUACACCGGCAGGCCUUGCCAGAAGCGGAACUGUGAGCAUCGUGGUUGAGCGCAUGAAGACAGAGGCCGCACACAAGGCCGCAGAGAAGGCUCAGCGUGAGGAGGAAGAGCGGAAGGAGGCCAGAAGAAUUGCACGCGAAGCUGCCGAAGCCGAACGAAAGGCCGAAUCAGAGAGGAAAAGGAUCGAAGAAGAGAAGCGAAAGGCUGAGGAAGAACGGCGCCGUCAAGAGUUCAUUCGAAACAUCGACCAGCACCGGCAGUUGCGCGCACCCAAGAAGCCUUUCAUCACGGCUCCCGAGGGCCCGGAGUUGGCGAAGGCCAACAGCAUCUUGAAUGGAACCAACUCAAGCGGCAUCUUUGUCACUACACCUGAGGGUGCCGGCCUGCGAAAGCACGACUUUGCCUCUGUCAUUCCGAGCACGAACUGGCUCAACGAUGAGAUCAUCAACGGAUCCAUCGUCUUCCUUGACCGAUCGAUAAACGAGGCUGCUGGAAUUAAGGACUUCAAGCAGCAGACCCGAAAAUGUCUAGCACUGAACUCGUUUUUCUUCAAGAGCCUGCUAGAAAGCGGCACUAAGGGUGUCAUACGGAAGCUCAAGCGACACGGCGUCCACAAGGACAACUUCUUGGACCUCGAGACAAUUCUGAUGCCUGUGUGCUCAGGAAACCACUGGACGUUGAUCGUCAUCCGCCCGAAGAUGAGGACUGUCGCCCACAUGGAUUCGCUCAAUCCGGCGGGCAAUCAACACUACGUUGAUGUUGCGAUGAACUUUGUGCGCUUCGUCCUGGAGGGAAACUACGAAGAGUCGCUCUGGAAGACGGUACGCCACGACGCCCCACGGCAGACAAACGGAUAUGACUGCGGCGUCUUCACGAUCACCAAUGCCAUUUGCUUGGCCCUGGGCUUGAGCCCUAUCGAUUCCUAUUCAGCGACGGAUAUGGAGACGCAGCGCAAGCGGAUUGCGUGCAUCUUGCUGAACAAGGGCUUCCACGGAGAGUAUUCUGUUUCAGAAUACUGA